CCCAGCCCGCCCUCGCCCAGCCCGCCACCUCCAUACCCGGCUCCACCUAGCCCCUCGCCUCCCGAGGUCCCCACUGCUCCUCCUCCCUACCCGCCGCAGCCAAGCCCGCCCUCGCCUUCGCCACCGUCACCCAGCCCGCCCUCGCACAGCCCGCCACCUCCAUACCCGGCUCCGCCUAGUCCCUCGCCUCCCGAGGUCCCCACUGCUCCUCCUCCCUACCCGCCACAGCCAAGCCCACCCUCGCCUUCGCCACCGUCACCCAGCCCGCCCUCGCCCAGCCCGCCACCUCCAUACCCGGCUCCGCCUAGCCCCUCGCCUCCCGAGGUCCCCACUGCUCCUCCUCCCUACCCGCCACAGCCAAGCCCACCCUCGCCUUCGCCACCGUCACCCAGCCCGCCCUCGCACAGCCCGCCACCUCCAUACCCGGCUCCGCCUAGCCCCUCGCCUCCCGAGGUCCCCACUGCUCCUCCUCCCUACCCGCCGCAGCCAAGCCCUCCCUCGCCUUCGCCUCCGUCACCCAGCCCGCCCUCGCCCAGCCCGCCACCUCCAUACCCGGCUCCGCCUAGCCCCUCGCCUCCCGAGGUCCCCACUGCUCCUCCUCCUUACCCGCCACAGCCAAGCCCGCCCUCGCCUUCGCCACCGUCACCCAGCCCGCCCUCGCCCAGCCCGCCACCUCCAUACCCGGCUCCGCCUAGUCCCUCGCCUCCCGAGGUCCCCACUGCUCCUCCUCCCUACCCGCCACAGCCAAGCCCACCCUCGCCUUCGCCACCGUCACCCAGCCCGCCCUCGCCCAGCCCGCCACCUCCAUACCCGGCUCCGCCUAGCCCCUCGCCUCCCGAGGUCCCCACUGCUCCUCCUCCCUACCCGCCACAGCCAAGCCCACCCUCGCCUUCGCCACCGUCACCCAGCCCGCCCUCGCACAGCCCGCCACCUCCAUACCCGGCUCCGCCUAGCCCCUCGCCUCCCGAGGUCCCCACUGCUCCUCCUCCCUACCCGCCACAGCCAAGCCCGCCCUCGCCUUCGCCACCGUCACCCAGCCCGCCCUCGCACAGCCCGCCACCUCCAUACCCGGCUCCGCCUAGUCCCUCGCCUCCCGAGGUCCCCACUGCUCCUCCUCCCUACCCGCCACAGCCAAGCCCACCCUCGCCUUCGCCACCGUCACCCAGCCCGCCCUCGCCCAGCCCGCCACCUCCAUACCCGGCUCCGCCUAGCCCCUCGCCUCCCGAGGUCCCCACUGCUCCUCCUCCCUACCUGCCACAGCCAAGCCCUCCCUCGCCUUCGCCACCGUCACCCAGCCCGCCCUCGCCCAGCC